AUGGAGAAGCGGGGCGGAAGAGAGGGAAUCAGACGUCACCGGUGCCGGCACUGUGACAAAUCCUUCAAAAGAUUGGACUCUUUAAAGACUCAUCAGAGAGUUCACACUGGAGAGAAACUGUACAGCUGUGACCAGUGUGGGAAAACUUUCACUACACCAGGUGCACUAAAAGUCCAUCAACGUGUUCACACUGGAGAGAAACCAUACAGCUGUGACCAGUGUAGGAAAGCUUUCACUACAGCGGGCCACCUAAGAAUCCACCGACAUGUUCACACUGGAGAGAAACCUUACAGCUGUGACCAGUGUGGGAAAGCUUUCAAUCAUUCAAGUACACUAAAAGUCCACCGGGCUGUUCACACUGGAGUUAAACCUCACUGGUGUGAACAAUGUGGGAAAACUUUCAGUAAGUCUGAUAAGUUACAAAACCACAUGCGUGUUCACACUGGAGAGAAGCCGUACUGGUGUGAACAAUGCGGAAAAACUUUCAGUAGGUCCGAUCAGUUAAAAAUCCACCAACGUGUUCACACUGGAGAGAAACCACACUGGUGUGAACAGUGUGGAAAAACUUUCACUCAAUUAGGUCACCUAAAAAUCCAUCUGCGUAUUCACACUGGAGAGAAACCGUACUGGUGUGACCAGUGUGGAAAAACCUUCGCUUCAUCAGGUGAACUAAAAAGCCACCAACGUGUUCACACUGGAGAGAAACCGUACAGCUGUGACCAGUGUGGAAAAACUUUCACUUCAGCAGGUGAACUAAAAGGCCACCAACGUGUUCACACUGGAGAGAAACCGUACAGCUGUGACCAGUGUGGAAAAACUUUUGCUCAUUCAGGUGUCCUAAAAAAACACCAACGUGUUCACACUGGUGAGAAACCCCACUGGUGUGAACAGUGUGGAAAAACUUUCACUCAAUCAGGUCACCUAAAAAUCCAUCUGCGUAUUCACACUGGAGAGAAACCUUACAGCUGUAACCAGUGUGGAAAAACUUUCACUCAAUCAGGUCAUCUGAAAAGCCACCAACGUGUUCACACUGGUGAGAAACCUCACAGCUGUGACCAGUGUGAAAAAGCAUUCAUUUCAUCAAGUAACCUAAAAGCCCACCUGCGUGUUCACACUGGAGAGAAGCCAUACUGGUGUGAACACUGUGGGAAGACUUUCACUACAUCAAGUGAGCUAAAAAAACACCAACGUGUUCACACUGGAGAGAAGCCGUACUGACAAGCAUUCACACAGCAUCAAUUAAUUUUAUUUUUUUUAAGCUAAGCUAGCUCUUUCCUCCUACUCUCCUCCUCAUUACCCUCAUUACAACCACCUGUUUAUAAUGUGACUGUGCUGGAUUAAUAUCAUGGUUAGCGCUCCUUCACUAAUAAACACAGCAUUAGCUUUGUGGCUAAUUUUCCAACUUGAAAAUUGGACCCACGUGAAUCAUGCAGAUCUAUAAUUUAAAAAAAGGGGGGGGGGGUUCAGGAGCUGGCCGAGUAGAAUGGAAAGGGUGAAAUGGAAAGGAUUUGAGGACAUCUGAAGUUACAGGCUGAGUAAAGUUUUUUUCCUUUUCAAGUAUCAAAGAGGAUGCUCGUUUGCGUUCAGCUGCCCAUUCCACACUUGCGCAGUGUGUACCACUGUCGCUCUCGUGCAUCAGUGGUUCGUAACAUGUUGGGCAGUAAUACUGUAAUAUUACUUUUCCCAGUAAAGAAUACUGUGACGGAUUACUAUUUCCAAAACAGUAAUGUUAUUACAGUUAUUAAUCAUAUUAAGGCUGCCAUACUGUAUGGACCAUCCCUGACGUGAAUGCGCUGCAGCUCAGCGGCAUCGGACCUUAUCCGCUAUUAGCCAAAAAGGAAGACGGGAGAACAGGGAGGAGAGGUAUUUUCGACAGCUCUAAGUAACAUUGUUGCCGUUAUUGUGUCAGUCUACGAUGCAAAGAACAUUGUCGUCCGUUAUCCAACGAAGGUUAAAAUGAAGGGCAACUGGACUUGGUUGA